UGCUCGCGAGAGUGCGUGCUAGUGUGUCUGCAUUUUAACAAGAUGGUCGACGCGCAUCGAUUCGACGACGAUAUAAGGUCGUUUUGAAACGGGAACUUGAGAGAGAAAAAAAACGAAAAGAAAACAUGGGCACGGUGUACCCCAAAUGAGGUGUUGAAAAAAACGAGAGUGUGACGGUGUGUGAACUUUUUUGUUUUUCAUUUAUACCCCGAGUGCAACGAAUUUGUAGAGAAAGUUUUUAAACUUCUGGUACGUAAUUAAAAAAAGAUUAGUCAGUGCUGGAUAAUAAUAUCGUUCGAAUAAAAAGUUUGAAAAAUCCACUUGAAUAAUGGAUAAACUACAGGAAGGACUCGCUCCGUUUUCAUCUGAUGAAUGUCCCAACAGCGGUGAAGACAGUGACGAAGAUGUAAUAACCGAUUAUCUCAGCUCAGGGCACACGGAAUGUGGCCACAUAUCGAUAAUCAACGGCGAACUAACGAGUCUGAAUCUUCAUGGAAAUAAACAAUCGUCUGUAAAUUAUACCAAAGAGAACACCGAUAUUGUUAUGUCGGAAGGAAGCGAGGAACACUUGCGUCACCAUCCACCAAUUUUGGGCACAAACAUACAAAUCCAACCGAAUCAACACGUUCCAAUAAUCAGUGUGACUCCUCACUCGCCGGGACUGGCUAAACAUUACCCCGUUCUUGAGGACAAUCUCCAACAGCUCCAUGAGAUUCACAACAGUAUUCAGCGCAUGCGAGAUUCGACAUUGAGCACUCUGGCGUACGGGAACCGAGGAGGACAAAAUGAAAAUUCACAAAGACUGAGCUCUUCGUGUCCGUCGCUGUGUCCGAUCGGAAUGACGGACGGGAGCGGACGAUCGGGUGAUCGAGGAGCCGGAUCUGAUCCUGACCUGGCUAACUGCUCGACCAACAGCUCACCGACUCAUUUUCCUCCUGUUGCCUCGCAUCAAUUGCCUCAAAUUGUUUUGGGCGUCGAUCGACGACGAAGUUGGACCGAUAUCGAAGACUCCAGGCACAAUCGUCGUCGCUGCACGGUUGGCGAUCACCUGCAGGCACAAAAUAUGCGACAACGCAGCAUCAGUCUGAGCAGUUUGGACAGCGAGAUGGAGCUCGAAAUGGACGGAAAAUCGCGCUCUUCGGUCGCCGGUGUAGGCAAUCGAUCGUGCAGAUCUCAAGCGAGUACUCAUUCCCUCAACGAGGCUGAUCUCGUCCAGAAAAUAGCGAUGAAGAGGGGAAAUCAAAGACUGGGAGAAACGGCUAAUUUGUUGCCUGGCGUUGUUGGUUCUCGCCUGCCGUUGCAAAAAUCCAUUUCCACACCGUCGAUCAUCGGGCCACCGGGACAAGCUCAUCUCGUCGAUUCUGGAACGUUAACAGCGCCCUCCCUUACCGCCAGGAGGCAUGAAAGAACUGAGAAAGGUAGUGGAAGUGAGACCGAGACGGAGGAUCUUCAUCCGGCCCAUGGGCAUGUAUUUCACGAGGAUUUAAUCCGAGAAGGGACAGCUAAUGUGCAGACGUCCCUAGACGAGCUCAUGACUGAUCUAAUACGAUGGACACGUGGCACUGUGUACGACGAUCAUCAUUCCGAAAAAACUAGAAGAAAGCGUGGCUCCUUGUUCUUCCGCAAGAAAAAGGACAAAAGUUGUAAAAAGCCUAGUCAACAGGCCCAUCACUGGGUGUCGAUGAUUGCAGGAUCUCAGGGAAGCUUCUCGUGCGAUUAUUGUUUGAAACAAUUUGGCAGCAAAUCUGUAGUCCACUGUGAAAAUUGCGGUGUAACGGUUCAUCAGAACCAGUGCAAAGAUCAACUUCCGGCGGACUGUACGAAGCACAAGAAUAGCUCGAGCAAAGGCUCAAUAAAAUCGAUUUCAAGCGCAUCCAUUGCAUCGAGUGUCGGGAGUACAAAACGGGGCUCGACGGUCUCACUACCACUUCCGGGUGCGAUCGGUGCGAGCAGGGAAAUUAGCAGCAAGAAAACGGUUUCAAGCUACAGCCCCUGGCGGCGUGUUGCCACCAAGCUUGGAGUCAAUCAAACGAUCAGCGAAGAAAAGGACGGCGAUGGCAGUCAGCAUCGUGACAUUAACAGUGGCGUAGACGAUUUUGAUUUUGGCGACGACUUCCAUCAGUUGACUGUGGGUGACAUCGAAGGCCUCGAUCCUGAGCUGGGUCUGGGAAAAGAGGAGCCGGAUUCGUGGAGCGCAGCAAUCGGCCGAAGCGAUGCGUUGAAGCUCGUGAACAAUUGUGAGCGAGAAGUUAAGCGUCAGGAGCACAUUUACGAAUUUGUACUUACGGAGAAGCAUCACUGUUUGGUAUUGCUCGCAAUGGAGAGGAUAUUCGCGGAAGGAUUGCGCCGACAUUUUCGUCUCGGUCCACCGGAUCUCGAAAGAAUGUUCCCAAGGUUACGCGACCUCAUCGACAUACAUUUACGCUUCUUGCUGAAGCUGCGAAAACGACAAAACUCACAUCCGGUUGUACCAACCAUUGCGGAUAUUCUCGUCGAUCAAUUUUCCUGCGACAAUUCCUCGCGCAUGAAAAGCGCUUACGGGGAGUUUUGCAGUCGUCACAGAGACGCCGUUGAUGCCUACAAGUAUUAUUUGAGACACGACCCGCGGUUCGCACGUUUUGUUCGACUUUGUCAGACUAACCCGUUGCUCAAAAAGAAAGGAAUUCCCGAAUGUAUAUUAUUCGUGACUCAGCGAUUAACGAAAUAUCCAUUGCUGGUGGAGCCGCUCAUAAAAACAAGCACGACGACCGACGAAACUACGAAUCUUCGCGAAGCACUGGGUUUGGUGAAGGAAAUACUUGGGGACGUUGAUGCUUGUGUCGCUGACAAGGAGCGAGAAGAUCGAAAGUUGGAAAUUUACAACAGAAUCGAUGCAAAAUCAUUUGCCAUGCAUCGGGAAGUAAAAUUCAAAAAAUCGGAUAUCAUGGCGUUCAACAGAGUGUUAAAGUUCGAAGGCACGGCUUACCUGAUGCAGGGCAGAGGAAAAAUGGCGCCUGUCGUGGUCGUCGUACUCUCGGACGUUUUGUUCUUCCUCGCCGAGACGAGAGACCAAAAAUACGCAUUUUUCGUACCCGACAAUAAAGCUGGUGUUGUUUCGUUGCAAAAAUUACUCGUACGUGAAAAAGCCGGACAAGAAUCUCGCGGCAUUUAUUUAAUAAGCAGCAAUCCAGCCGAACCCGAAAUGUUCGAACUCAAAGUACAGAAACCCAAGGACAAACAAUUGUGGAUACAAUCCAUACGCUCUGCCGUUGAGGCUUGCCCUCAGGAUCCUGAAUGCGAUAAUCUCGGUGAUAACUCCAGUAAUAAAUUACCCGAUACUCGAUCCUCAUCCAUUUCAAUGAUUUCGGCUGACGAAAGAAUGCGCAUUGCUAAAGCCAAAGAAGUUCACAUAUUAGGCAUUGUUGGUGAGCUCCGAAAGAAAGACACCGAGCAAGCAUUGCUUUUAGAAGAAAAAAUAAGUCUGCAAAUGAGAUUAUUGUCAGCUGCUAAUGUUUGGAACGAGAAUGAUAGCGAAAGCGAUAGAAUCGAGAGAUUUGAGAGAGAAGUACCGGAUUACACGCGAUUGGUACGAAACGAAGGGACUGAUUCGACCCAAUUAUGGCAAGAGGUUGUCGUAGCUGUGCAGGAAGCAACGAGGCUGGCAAGUUCUUUGUCGUUCAGCGCUGGUGGUGCUUCUCUCUCAAGAAGUUUGAGCUCAGCUGGUGAAAGGCAUACAGAUGCUUACGUACCACCUUCCUUGUGCGUUCCACGCCGAGCUGAAACUUUCGCUGGUUUUGAUCACAAUAAGGAGAGAUAUCCAUGGCGCGAUUCAGCAGCAUUGCACAACGUGAUGGCACCGCCGAAGCAGAGUGGUGAGCCGAUGAGAGAGGGAAACGAGGGUAAAUUGGAGGACGUGGCUGAAUCAAACAAAGAUCAGCAAUUGGCAGCAGUUCGCUUGUCACAUUACGUGUAUACGUUGCUCUGUAUAAUAAGCAAUCAGAUGACAACGAUAGACAGUCUGCAGGCGCAAAUGGCAUCGCGAAAGGAAGGUAGCAUUGGAAAAAGUUCGAGCAAUCGACCGAAUCCGAAUCGGCAAUUGGAAGAAUUGCGCAAUCUUCAGGAUCAGCUGAGUCGUGAAAAAGCUGCGUUUCGUGCGACUUGUCAACAGGAGCGAACCCAAUUGCAGGAGGAACGAAGCGAAUUGUCGAGGCUUCGAGAGCAACUGGCAGCGGAACAACGUGACGUGACGCAACAACGCGAUCAACUGUAUCGUCGUCUCGAAGCUCUCGAACGCCAAGGCGUUUCCCUCGUUGCACCCUCAGCUGUUGGACCCACAACCACGACUCACGUUUCUCACUCGAAUCCCAGUACCGAUACGCUGCAGUCGAGAAAAUCACAGAUCGAUGGCAAACGAAUACCGCUCAAUCUCAUCAGCACGACUAAUCAACAAAAAGUCCAGGCCAGCUUACCACCUAUCAAACAACAAUUGCCUCUCAAAUUGGCCAGCGGCAGCAAUAACAACAACACGAGAAGCGGAAACUCGACGAGCAAUAACAGCCCCGAUCGUCAUGCGCGAACCGGAAGUAGUCCAGCAGCGAUAACAGGAUCGGCGUAUUCGUCACCGGAGCUUGGCAACAAUCACAACAACGGGAACGUCGGUCAAGCUCAAACAUCGAAUCGUCCAAUGCGAAUAACGCGAUCACCGCCUGAUCCCUAUCAUCAGCAACAUCAUCAACAACAACAACAACAACCGCAGCAACAACAAAACCAACAAACGCGACCAGAGCCGCAACAGCCGAUGGAAGAAGAGGUAAUAUUUUUCUGACGACUCUUUCGUUUCGGUAGGAAACAUUCUCGCCCUCCUCGAUCAUCGGCCACUCCACUGGAUACCCCGACAUCGACACCGACACCCUCGCGAAGUCAAUCGCGCGAGACACAGCCACGAAACCGCGUCAAGUCAUUUUGACUUUCAAAAUUAUCUCGUUGAAAUGAGAUCGUGUAACGAGUUUAUUAAGCGUGUCGAAUCCAAAUUCUUCUAUUCCUCUUCAUUGCUCUUUCGAGAACAACCGCUUGUUUUUUCGAGUCAUUAUCGCCGUUGGUUAAUUAUUGUAAUUGCGGAAAUGUGAUUGAAUCACAACAUGCAUGGAAACAGAACAAUUCGUUGAUGUUUUUUUUUUCUUUUUUCAAUCUAUAAAACAUUGGGUUUUGUACUAUCGUUACAAGCAUUUAUUCAACUGGACGAAUUUACACAAACGUGCAAAGAUCGAAUCUUUUUUAUGAAUUUUUUCCUCCGUGAAAACUAAUGAAACGAAGGUUGCGUUGAAAAUAGUGGAAUAACGUGUUCCGAUGUAUCUUGAUUGCGAAUUUAAGGUCAAAUCAUUCGUUGUCAACACACAACACACUCAUAAAAACAUUCCACAUCUCCUAUCACUUAAUCCAGAAAACGAUUUAUGCAUGAAUCGCAGUGUCAAAGAUCUUGAUCAUAAUCGUAAUCAUUGAACUGCUCAAAGAGAAGGGCAAUCUUGACGAUCGUUCGAACGACAAAUAUUAUUGAAUGGUGAGAAAAAAAGAACAAUCUAUAUAUGAAAAAUGGGAAAUACUAGAAUAGAAUUCUCACGCCAGUGACGAAAUGAAUCAUUUGAGAUUCUGCAUUUCUGCAAAGUAUUCCAGAAGAGUAUUAGCGAUUAGCAUUUAAAGAUAAAUAAAUCCGUCGUUACUUCGGUUUUCCCAUUUUUGUCGAUCUAUUUUAUAGUUUUUCUUUUGUUUUGUUUUUUUUUUUUUUUUAACACUUGUUGAACAGACUGAAAGUUUUUUAGAAUCCUCGAACGAACGGAAUCUCGUUUUUUAAUAGAGUAGAGUUUUAGUGUCGAUAAUUCGAGGAAACUUACAUUGAAACAUGUUCGAUUCGGCAUCUUUGGAACUUGCCAGAAGAUACGUAAUCUAUUUGAAUGAAAAUUCUAUUGAUGACGAAAACUGUCUCGAGAGAAAAAAAUUUUUUUUCAGAGACAGCGAAAGUUGCUCUUAUCUAAAUUUUGCCAAUGAAAUUUAUUCUCCGCUCGUAUUUCGGAACUAUUCCAUAGAAAAAUAAAAUGAAACAUAGAAAAAUUAGUGGAGGAUCGAAUUUUCAGUAAUUUCGAUACAGAUUUUCCGAAAUGAUGAAAUAUCCAAAUAUUUUCUAUUUUACGUAGAUGACGACGAUAAGAUAUCGCUGUUCUAAGUGCAAUGACAUGAUCGUUCACAAUAAUAAGAACGCGUAUGUAAUUCGUUAACAAUGAGAAUGAAAACAAAAAAUUGAAUCACACAUUUCGAUACUAAAAUAUAAAUUUAUCAUAUAAAAUGUUUUUUUUUCUUAUCCCCGUACAUACGUACAAGUGUGAUGUAAUUUGACGAAAAUUCGACUAUCGAAAUGUACAGACUUUGUGUAUAUAGCGUGUGCAAUCUACAAAUCAUUGUGAUUAACUUUGUUUCUCUUCGAUCGGAAUAAUCAACCGACAUGAAUUAUUUUGUAAAACUCAAACGAGUACAGAAGCUGUAAGCAUAUUGUUUGCGUCAAUUUUCGAAGGAAAAACUCGUGUGAUAGACUGAACAUUUGAAUUCCGGAAAGCCAAAGUGAAGCAUUUAUUUUUAUCAUUUUCUGGACAUCAAUAAAUCCCUUCACUGAAAAAUAACUGUGAAAACUUUCCUCAGACUGCUACAGGAAAAAUUCGUUGCUGGAAAUUGCUAUUUGCUUGUCUCCGGUUAUGCAUUUAUUUUUCAAUAUUCUUCUACUAUUACUAUUAUUAUUUUACACUGAGAUUAAAAUACCUUCCGCUUUCCAAUCGCUUUGAUAAUGAGUGCAAACGAACGUCACCAGCCAAAGUAUUCCGAUCGAAAAACAGUGCUAAAUUUGUUGAGUCAACGUUGACUGCAUAGCUCAUUUUGAAAAAAAAAAUCUGAAAAGAUGCAUUUUUUUCCUUCAAUUAUUGUCAAUUUUACUGUCUCCUCUGAAUUGAACGAAGAAUUCAUGGUACGCUCUGGUACAAUGUUAAUCGAAAAGUAUUCAAUUGGGAAAUCAAAAAAGAAAGGAUGAAAACGACCGUUAAUCUUUAAAGGACGGGUCUGGUUGAAAUAUCGACCACUAGUUUGGUCCGGCACUCCACUUGAAAAAUUCAUCGAUAUUAUGCAGAAAUUUCGUAUAAAAAACGGUCGAUUUCAAUGUAAAAAUUUUUCAAAGCGUUUAUUGGAAAAAAAUUUGAUUAUUCACUCAUUUGCGAUUCUGCAAAAUUCCCUUGUUCGAAUUUUUAUAAGUUUUCCUAUUGCAUCUUUUUCUAUUCGCGGAGUACACAGGAUAAAUAUACAGACGAAUAUACAUAUAUAAGUAAUGAAUGUAGAGGGAAAAACUGCUCCUGGUACUUUUUUAGACGCGAGUUACAAUUUGUAGCGGGUAUACCUUUAUUGUACCGAAAGUUUUAGGAUACUUCAUAGUUAGUUGUAUUCCUACAAAAAAUGUUGAAGAGGUUAGGUUUUCCUAUUACGAAAAAAGUGACACCCUGCAACGGAAUUCGUUACGACACCGAGUGCGUAUAUACGUUCAAGGACCAUCAGAAACAAACAAGCACUUGACUUUUUUAUUUAUCGUUUUUUUUUUUUUAAGGAAUGCACUGGCUGUAUCGUCGAAAGUAUAAAUUAAUUGACAGAACUUAUUUUGACAAACUUUUUUUUACAAAAGAUAAACCGAUUCUGAGUCCAACGAGUGUUUGAUACGUGAAAAGAUUUCGUUGGAAAAUCACCUGGACAAAAAUGCUAGAAAUUGUGCAAAACAAUCUUUUACACGUGUCGAUUUUCAGUGCUUACUCAUCCAAUGAAGAAAAAUCUCAAUAAUUGAACUUAAACUCAUGUUGAAUGAUACUCACGGUUCGAUAAAUUUUUCCCAAUUUUAAUAUUAUUGUGGUGUAGGUCAAAUUGCUUUCAUCUUUUAAUGAUGAACGUUGUUCAAUGUCCGGUUGAGUAAAUUAUUUGAGAUUCUGUAUUUGCAUUAAUGAAACGAAUGUUUUGAAUAGCCAGAAAUGGACGAUGUCGAAGCAUGUCAGGAUUCUUCCAGACUCUUUAAUGUUAAUCGAACACUUGUCACACGAUAAAACUGGCAGAGUGAUUCCAGAUGUUGCAAUCAGUGCAGUAUUGGAAAAAAACCUCGUUUGGCUUUGAAUAAAAAAUAUUGUUCUCUUUUAUUUUGAGUCCAUUGAACAAUCGCAGCUCUAAAAGCACUCUGAGAGUGAAAUUGGAGGAAAAUUGACGAGUUUAGGUGGAGGAGAUAAAAAAUUUUUUUUAUUGCUAAAGCACACUAAGCAAAAAAGCAACCUGGGAUGAAAGAAAAAACAAUAAAUGGUCAAAUGUAUGGAAUGGAGAGUGAUUCUAUAAAGCUCCCAAUCCGGUAUCGGGGAGAUCUAUAGAUUAUUCACUGCCAAUGUUAUUAUUCGAUAACCCCUUUUUUUAAUAGAUGAAGUUCAUUUGAUUGCCUUUGUAAGAUGAACUGAGACAGUUUGAAACAUAAUCAACGCAGAUUAUUCGCUCGAUAGUAUGAAAUUCCAAUUCUUGAAAAUAAUAACAAAGAAAAUAAUAAAAUUAUACAAACAAAACCAGCGUUGAUUCGCGCAAAGCUGAGAAUCAUAAAGACGAAGUAACGCAAUAUUGAAAUGACAAAGACUAUGUGCUCGAAAGAAACGUUGGAUUAUUGGAUAAUCAACCAGUGACUAUGUUUCAUCGAGUGUCUCUAUAAUCUGAACGACCUACGAGAUAUGUCAUUGAACUCUUGUAAAAAAAAAAGAAAAAAGAAAAAUAAGAAAGCAAGCUCUUUACGAGAAAGCAAAAAAAAGUAUUCCUGAGCCAACUAAAUAAGUGAUAAGAUUUUAAAAUCAAUCGUGCAAUAUGUACCAUGCUGGAUUAAAAAUGCAGAUUCUACCUAGUUGCAGGGCCGUUGCGAAGAAACAAAUGAUAAAUAAUCAUUUUCAAAAAGAUACAAAAAUAUAUGAAAAAUAAAAAAAAAAUUUUUAAAAACAGAAGAAAAACCCAAUGGUCAGUAUAGACGAAAAUCUACGGGACAAAAAGCAUCUGAAGUAACGCGCUAAUUGCUAGUAACUCUUUCCAAUCAAUCGUGGUGACAAUAGUAUUUACUGUUAUUCCGUAGUAAUAUAGUGUAAAAGUUAAAUAUAUAUUAUAUAUAUUAAAUAGUCCCAUAUGUAUCGUGAGAUGUUGAUGAAGCAAAAACGUGAAGAAAUGCAAAAGCUCGUUGUUACUACAUUGUUGUGUAUGUGUGGGAGGGAGUGAAUGAGUGUGCUCGUGGAGGAUAUUAAGAAGAUAAAGGAAACAACAAAAUCGCGCAAGUUCGUUGAUAAUAUUUGAAAAUUUGACCGUUAUUAGUAUUUAGGGGAAAUAGAUGUCUUGCGGACACUGACGUAAUACUGAGCAAUUCUCACUGAUCUAUUGCAGGCAUUGAAAAAAAAACAGAAUUUAAAUCCUGAUGGAAUAUGAUUUUGAAGGUUAUUAGGAAACUUGAAUUUCCUAUUGACUUUUGAAGAAUGCAUAGAACAUAUAAAUUUCGCUCUGUCAAAUGCUCUUGGAGUUGGACUCAAACCGGUGGAUGAAAAAAAAAACUCUUCACAUUUAACUUUAUUCCUACCGUUUGAUUCGAUUUGCUUUUAAAACUCGACUAAUAUAUGUAUUCGCUCACACUUUGCAAAUCGACCUUUCAUCCACACCUCUGAACGAUACUCCGAGAGAAAAAUUCCUGAAUUCAGCUCAAAUUCAUUUGUCCGAUUAUUCUUGAUCUACGCUCGAAUAAUUGAGCUCUACAAAUGACGAGAUCAGUAAAUUAUUGUUAUGGAGAAACUGAGGGAAAACAAAAAAGAAGGAAAUAACAGUAAAACCGAGACGACAGUUGUACCUGUUUUAAACUGUUGGGCAUCAAGUUCCACGGCCUAUAAAAAAAGCUUCCUUUCCGUUCGACUAUAUUAUUCCUGACUAUUGUAAAGUCAUGAAUUCUUUUUUAUUUUCACCUCUAUUAGUUAAUCGAUUUUUCGCUUGUGGCUAACGACCUUUUUAGCUCCUCGUUCAAAGGUUACAUGAUUAAAAAAAAGACGCGGCGUUUUAACGAGAGUGACUAUAGCGAGAAUAAUUACAUCCCUGAAUAUACGGAUAUAUUUUCCGUGGGAAGUAUUUUUGUACGUUUACUCUGUACUAUUUUACUCUAAAGCAACAAAAAAGAAAAACGUAUAAGAAAAUCGAGGGAAAAGAGAAAAAAAAAUAAGGAAAAAUACUAUAUCUAUUGUUAUCAUUGUGAUACCGGCUAUAUAAAAUAUCGAUAACCGCCUCUACCGUUUAAAAAUCUCUAAUAUACGAUUAUAAUAUUUUCAUAUUUCACCUAAUAUUCAGAUAACAAUCCUCUCUCGCGAUAAAUGUGUGUUGGAUCGUGAUUAUAUAUGCAUCAAAGUGUUUGAAAUACUGUGUAAAAGCUAAAAAAGGAGUAUUAAAGAAAACAGGCUCGUCGAACUUUAUAUGUAUAACCUCUAAAUGUACGAAAAGGAAAAAAAAAGAAAACCAACCCUAUUGCAUUUCCAUCAAAGACUUACUUAUAUUACAAGACUUAUUAUGUAUUAUUAUUCAAUUUCGUCACGCAGUUAUAUGCAUUUAAAUGAGAAAAAUGACGCCCGCCCUAUUCUACGAGAUUUUAUUCUUCUUUCGCUUUUGUAAACGACGAGAAAUGAAAAAAUACACACCCACAUAUAUAUAUAUAUAUAUACAUAUAUAUAAUUCGCGGCGUGUUACGAUGAGGCAAUUUUAUAUAUAUUUAUCCCCUGUUAAAUCAUGUAUAAAAAGAAAAUAACUCUUAGAUUUAUCGAGUAUAUGAACUCAUCUUGAUAAUAAAACUUAACGCGACUUUCUUCUAAGCGAUAUCGAAUAAUGAGCUACGACAAUUCCUCGUAAUUUAUUUACGAAAUACAAAAGAAAAGGCUAAUCUAAGACUUUGUCGAAUAAAUAUAACGAAUCGUUUGAGUAAUAGACAGGAAGAGGCGAUGCGAAUGAGAUUGAACUGUGCAGCGGUUCGCUCUAUAUUUUCUACAAUGACUUACUAUUGUCCUCUAUUUCUUCUUCGAUUAAACAUCUAUAUUAACUGGUAUUUGGACUCACGGUCCUAAAACCUAAUUUACACCGUAUUCUAUACUCUUUUUUUUUUUUUCUUUUUGUUCUUUCAUUUUUAAAUAAUCGCUACUCAAUUAACUAUCGUACACCGAUGAAUAAGUAGCAACCUCAAGAAACAAUACUUAUUUAUUAUAAAUGUACAUAAAACUGUUAUUGUAAUAAAAUGAAAAAAAGCAUGACACGA